GAUGAGCCUCCUCCAAACCCUCGUGGCCUAAUCCUAAUCCACCAGUCUCAUUCUAUAUAAAACUUUGAACCCCGUACCUCUAAUCCCGAAUUGGGUCCUGGCCGCUUGAGCCAAACGGCCCAAAACCCAAGUGCUUUGUCCGCAUACCCCAAGACCAGAACCCGAACGCGACGCGAGCCCUCACCCCGAACCGGACCAAUCAAACGAAAAUGCCCAACCUUAUGAGCCUCUGCUCCAAACUCGCCGCUUUCUUCAAGAAGCGCUGGCCGUCCGCCCCCGCCACUGGCCCCGCCAAACCGCCACCGGAGCUGCCUUUCGAACCCAGCCCGACGUAUUCGUCGUCGUCCUCUUCCUCCUCCUCUCCGUCGAGGGAUGGCGCCGCCCGCAAGACCCUCCACACCCGCCUCUGCAUCAUCGGCAGCGGCCCCGCCGCCCACACGGCGGCCAUCUACGCCAGCAGGGCGGAGCUACAGCCCGUCCUCUUCGAGGGCUGGCUGGCCAACGGCAUCGCCGCUGGCGGCCAGCUCACCACCACCACCGACGUCGAGAACUUCCCGGGCUUCCCUUCCGGCAUCCACGGCCCGGACCUCAUGGUUCGCUGCCGCGAGCAGUCCGUCCGCUUCGGCACCAAAAUCCUCACCGAGACCGCCACCGCCGUCGACUUCUCCGGCAGCCCUUUUCGCGUCGUCUCCUCCUCCACCACCGUCCUCGCCGACGCCGUCAUUGUCGCCACUGGCGCCGUGGCCCGACGCCUCCACUUCCCGGGGGCCGACGAGUUUUGGAAUAAAGGGAUCUCCGCCUGCGCCGUCUGUGACGGGGCGGCGCCGCUCUUCCGCGACCGCCCACUGGCGGUGGUCGGGGGCGGCGACGCGGCCAUGGAGGAGGCCACCUUUCUGACCAAGUACGGCUCAAGGGUGUACAUAGUGCACCGCCGGAGCACGUUAAGAGCCUCCAAAACCAUGCAGAAGAGGGCUUUGGCCAACCCCAAGGUUGAGCUUGUGUGGAGCUCGGAGGUGGUGGAGGCUUACGGCGAUGGGAAGCUGGGGGGAGUGAAAGUGAGGCACGUGGAGACGGGGGAAGUGAGCAAGCGGGAGGUAGCGGGACUGUUCUUUGCCAUCGGGCAUGAGCCGGCGACCGGGUUCUUAGGGGGUCAGCUCGCGCUGGACGGCGAUGGGUAUGUGGUGACGAAGCCCGGGACGACGGAGACCAGCGUCAGGGGGGUGUUCGCUGCCGGCGACGUGCAGGAUAAGAGAUACCGGCAGGCCAUCACCGCCGCCGGAUCAGGGUGCAUGGCUGCCUUGGAUGCUGAACAUUAUCUUCAGGAGAUCGGAGUUCAGGAGGCAGAGGUUGUUUGAGUGUGCAAAAGAUUAGGCUGAUGGCCUGAUCAACUAAGGCGCCAGGGAAAUCCAUGAUGUAACAUACAACCAUAUAUAUGGAAAUGGAAGUUACCUACACUCUUUGUUCUUUUUUAAAUUCUCUCUAAGUCCUCUUCUCUCACCACACACUUG